GAAGGGGACAACCUGAUCUUCAGAAACGAGAUCACGUCCUUUGACGACUCCAGUGACAUAAUCACCAGGAGGCACAAGGUGGAGAUCAAGUUCUCCUGCAUCUACUCCAAGAGGGGCAAGGUGAGCCUGGAAUUCCUGGCCAACAAGAUUCUGUACAUUUUCCGAGAGAAGGGCUUCGGGAAGUUCACCUACCAGUUUGAGUUCUUCCACAGCAGUCGUUUCAACACGAUGGUGGAUCCAGACAGUUACCCAGUGGAGGUGUGUAUGUAGCGAAGGUAGUUCAAAUAAUUAUGCUUGCUUGAUGUGUUACCUGGGAUGUAUUCAUUACGCCAAUUUUGUUGCAAAAUGUUUUGUCUGUUGCAAAACAUUUUUCACCAACAAUGACGAGACAGCCUACAGGGAGGAGGUGAGGGCUCUGGGAGUGUGGUGCCAGGAAAAUAACCUCUCACUCAACAUAAUAAUAAUAAUAAUAAUAUGCCAUUUAGCAGACGCUUUUAUCAUCAACAAAACAAAGAAGAUGAUCGUGGACUUCAGGAAACAGCAGAGGGUGCACUCCCCUAUCCACAUCGACGGAACCGCAGUGGAGAAGGUGGAAAGCUUCAAGUUCCUUGGCGUACACAUCACUGACAAACUGAAAUGGACAACCCACGCAGACAGUGUGGUGAAGGAGCAACAGAGCCUCUUCAACCUCAGGAGGCUGAAGAAAUUUGGCUUGGCACCUAAAGCCCUCACAACCUUUUACAGAUACACAAUUGAGAGCAUCCUGUCGGGCUGGAUCACUGCCUGGUACGGUAACUGCACCGCCCGCAACCGCAGGGCUCUCCAGAGGGUGGUGCGGUCUGCCGAACGCAUUACCGGGGGCAAACUAACUGCCCUCCAGGACACCUACAGCACCCGAUAUCACAGGAAGGCCAAAAAGAUAAUCAAGGACAUCAACCAUCCGAGCCACUGUUCACCCCGCUAUCAUCCAGAAGGUGAGGUCAGUACAGGUGCAUCAAAGCUGGGACCGAGAGAAUGAAAAACAGCGUCUAUCUCAAGGCCAUCACUGUUAAAUAGCCAUCACUAGCACAUUAGAGGCUGCUGCUGCCUAUUGAAAUCACUGGCCACUUUAAGAAAUGGAACACUAGUCACUUUAAUAAUGUUUACAUAUCUUGCAUUACUCAUCUCAUAUGUAUAUACUGUAUUCUAUAAUAUUCUACUGUAUUUUAGUCCAUGCCGCUCUGUCAUUACUUGUCCAUAUAUGUAUUCUUAAAUUCCAUUCCUUACUUAGAUUUGUGUGUAUUGGGUAUAUGUUGUGAAGAAACCGUUUACUCCAAACAGAAUUUUUUUUCAAACAAAAUGAGUAAAAAUAGUUUAUAUUGGACAAAUUCAGGUAGGUCCUUCCCCGUUCUGUUUGCUCUGUUUGCUUCUGUUUGGUUCUUAAACGGUUUCCGUUGCAAGACAUAAUGAAUACACCCCUGGCCUGAUCAGUGGGCUAACACGGUCUUGAGUAAUGUAGACAACACAGCUUCAUUGAACAAGACACUGCAUUGUCUUUGCUGUUGUACUUUCACUAUGUAAACAACUAUAUUGAGUUAGCCAAUAAAUACUUCUCAUUACUAAAGAGGAGCUAGCCAAUGUAUAGGCUAAUUGGUUAGGGCACAGUUCUAGGAUCAGCUUACCUUUCUCAAAUCCUAACCUUGACCUUUGGAGAUGGGGAAGGGAGUAAAACUAUCAACCUGACCUUGUAUCAACAUCUAUGGACAACGUCAUCCCUCUCUGUGGUUCAAGGUGGAUCUGAAGGAGUUGGUCUACAUGGAGAUCACGUCAUUGACCUCUGUCCCCAACACUGAGAUGUUUGUGGAGUCCUGUAAGGCCACUCCCUCAGAAAACCCUGAGCAUUACAGCAUCAUCCAAAAUGGGUCUUUGCUUAAACUGUUGCAUAUGCUGAAAUAUAGGUUGCUUCCCAAAUGCCAUCCCUAUUCCCUAUAUAGUGCACUACUUUUGACCAGGGCCUAUAGAGCUCUGAUCAAAAUUAGUGCACUAUGUAAGGAAUAGGGUGCCAAUUGGGACACAUGCAUAUUUUAUUGCAGCGUUCCUUCUGGUUGAAACAGUGCAUUUGUCGAAUUACCCACUAACUUAACGUAUAUUCUUUCCCCAGCUGCAAGAAGGACAAAACUGUUCAGAUCUACUCCAGUUCCCAGUCCCAGUUCCAUUUUGCAAUGGAAGCUUUUAAAUUCAUUGGGAUGCAUGACCAGGUAAAUGCAGUGAGGUACUGUGGGUUGAGGUGCCCCUGCUUGGCUUGCACUGCCUGACUGUGUGGGCUAUGUGUUUGAAGUCGUUCCAUCUUUUCAACCCACCCUUUUAUAUACAGAGACUACAUUACUUUGGUAAUGGUAAACAAACAGUUUCUCAACCAUGUUUUGUGUUUUGAGUAGCAGUUCAGUCACCUCUAAUCCUGAUUGGCUGUGAGCUUGAUUGUGACCUCUAACCCCUCCAGGUGUACAUCAGCUGUGCGGUGAUCCUGUGUGAGGCUGAGAACCCCAACACCCGCUGUGCUCAGGGCUGCGUCAACGGCAUUCAUCGCCAUGGGAGAGGCGCCUUCCAGCAGACCGUAAUCCUGAAAAACUGGUCAACUGAAUGAUGAUUUGGUCAGAUUUAGAUAUAUGGUCAUGGGCACAAUAGGCUCUAUGCACGCAUCACUUCUGCAUUGGUGUAAGGAUGCUUGGGCAUUUCCGGUUACCGGAAAAAAACAUUAGACAGUGACAGUAGACCGUUAUGAUGUCAGAGAUGACGUUUACAAGGUGUUUGCUGGAGUUGCCUAAAGUAUCUGUUAAUGAUAUACGGAGGGUCGUCCGGACAUCCAGUACGACACCACGUAGCAAACUGGAUAAAGUCUUCAAAUUUUACGUUUCUUCUUUUCUUUGCAACUUUGAAGGUAAUAUGCUAACGCUAGCUAGCCUGAGCUAGAAGCCUUGCUUUGGUGUUUUAAGUCAUGACUCCGUCCUGCUUCAGGUUAAUCAUGCUUUAAAUAAAGUUUAAUCAUGUGUAUAUACCUCUCACUUCAUGUGUUUGUACUUUUAUGAAAGUAUCAGGUAAAAACAGGGCUACAAAUGAGAUCUCUGUGAGAGCCCACUGCUACCGCUCAAUGAAGAAACUAAAGCCACCACACCAGCUGAGAGUAGGACUAGAUUAAGUGACACGUUCAAAGUUCUGUUGAACUUGUUCAAGGUUCCGUUCAACACAUGUUUUACUCGUUUAAUGUUACAACAGCUUUGAUUGCCAUUGCUAAGAGAACACUUUAGAACUUUAGUGGUUUUCACGAUAGCUGAACAGUGGUAGCCUAAUACAGACCAGGGUAGCUGAGUGGGAAUUGCCAUGCUUUGUUGUUGGGUCUGUUGUAAACAAAUUGGAGUUUGGUUUGAAAUGUAAACAAUAAUGAGAUUACUACUUUUUCCUGACUUGAUGACUGCAAUGACAGUAACAUAUUCCACUCAGCUAUUCUUGAAACUGCUGAUGUUCUACUCAAAACUGUCCUGUCAUCUUUACUUCUUUCUUUAUAAACAUAUGGCCCAACUUCCUUGCUUUUGUACUUGAUGUUUCUACUUUUCAAGAGGAAUUAGGAGCAAAACCUUCACUCUACUGUUGUUAUUGGUACUAGGCUACAAUGUUGCACCACUCACCUACUGCUCUGCCAAUACUGUUUGAAGGUAGGUAAAUGGCACAAGACAAUAGGUAAGUGGUGGGAGACAGUAUAGCCAAGUGGUGCAAGACAGUAGGAAAGUGAUGCAGAAAGCACAAAAGUGACACGAGACAGUAGAUAAGUUAUUUACACCAGUAAAAAGUAGAAAGAACAAGUUUUGCUCCUACUCCUGCUGCUGUAGACCCUCGUCUUUCAAAGCCCAUUAAAUUAUGCUUCUGUGUAUUUCAGAUGACAUUGCGUGAUUCACAGCCAGUUGUGCUUGUUAAAAGCUACUGUUCCUGUGUGGCUGGGUGAAGGAUAUGCAAUAAUUUGGUUGCAUUACUAUAUCAGACUGCCCAUUACUCUGAAUGUGGCAUGUCUGUCGUCCCUCCUGUACUUUCGGGCACUGAAACAGAGCAGAAGUGGCAUAAACCACGAACAAUGGUUUGUAUCAUUUCAAUACCAGACAGUUGUGUCACAUGCAUACUAGCAUCUCUCCUAAUACCAUAUCAUAAAUAAAUAGGGAGUGAAGCCAGGACCUGUGGAUGCCAUGGUUGUAGUGAAGCCCAAACCAGAUGCUACUCCGGCAAGCGGAAUUAGGUAUGCAGAGUACAAUUAAAUAGGCAGACUACAAUGUGUUGCGAAAUAAAUGUUAUUAAUCGAUGUUAGAUUCUGGUGUAUUUCCUAGUGAACCCUUUACUUUUCCUGAUAUUGUUAUUCCAGAUCUACACUUUGAAACCAUCCAUUGAAACAGCACUGGAACAGCUCCCUUCUUCAGACGUCUGCGCCCAGCUGGAGUCGGAGGCUCUAUCACAUCUUCACUUAGAAAGUGUCGGCUGCAGACUCGUGUGUUUGUUGUAAGAAAGUUGACUCGUCGAAUGUUAAUCACCCACCGUUUAUGUAAUUCACUGUCUUUGGGAAAAGUAAAAAAACUAACAGAAGAAUUGCAUCUGGCAGACACUGUACAUUGCGGCACACAGCAGUGAUGGCUGGAAGAGCUGUCAUCCCGUUUUUGAAAGGACACUUUCGUACGUUUACACGUCAUCGUGUUAUAAGUCAAUACGAAGUAUUACAAGUAAAAACAUUAACAAACAUUAAGAUAAACAACAACAACGACAACGAAAAUUAACAGUUUUGGAUGUUUUUGACGACAAGCAUUCAAUGCUAGCAUACGGUAGCACAGCAUUCUACGAUAACCGGAAGUUUACAUCCAUCCUGAGAUUUAACCGGAAAUACGUCAUGCUCGCCUGUGCAUAUCGCCUAUACUUCAAAUCAAGUAGGUCCUCUGUAGCUCAACUGGUAGAGCACGGCGCUUGUAACGCCAAGGUAGUGGGUUCGAUCCCCGGGACCACCCAUACACAAAAAUGUAUGCACGCAUGACUGUAAGUCGCUUUGGAUAAAAGCGUCUGCUAAAUGGCAUAUUAUUAUUUAUAAAAUAUUCUGCCAGCAACUGUAGAUACUGUGUUAUAUCUCAUUUAAUAUUCCUUUUGCAUUGAGGAAAUACUAAUAGUAAAGUAGGCAAACACCCUUUAAAUACAUGUUUCCCCUCUCCAGCUACUGAUGUGGCUUUGAACCUGAACUUGGUGUUCAUCGUUGGCUGCCUCCUGGCAGCCGUCGCCGUGGUGUGUGGAGUGGUCAUCUACAGAUCCAUGGAGUCAAAGGUCAAAUAUCAACUUCUCCCAACCGACAAAUAA